CUGUGCUGCCACAAUACUGAACACACGUGACCUUCCUGUUUUUAGCCAGUUUAACGCAUGUGCUUUAAAGACAGACCACACUGACGUUAGCCAACAUAAGCACGAUCAUCACUUUCUUAAUGUCAUCGAGGUAAGAUCUCUGCUCACGCGCUGACAUCGCUUGGAGGUGGACCAUGGCGGCUGCCACGAGCAGCAACACAUCCACCACCACGCUCCAGAUAAAGCAUUCCAGCAGCGAACAUACACGGAAACGCAUAGAUCCGAGGAGGAGACAAGCUGCGCUGUCUUUUCUCAGCAAGAUCUCUUUGGACGGACGGCCAGUGCAAGAUGAUGCAGACAUCCAAACCGAAGAGGAUGAUUCAGUUGAGGGAAGGACUAGACAGAGCCUGGUUUCCCCAGAACGCUCAAUGCAUGCGGCAGAUGCUGGUGCUGCCACCGGGGCAGGGGCAGCAGUGGCAGCGACCACGGCCGCCCAGGCGCUCGCUAACCACGCUCUGCUUGCUACAAACCGAGCAAGUUUUGUGAUGGGUCCCACUGCUCCCCCCGGGACGGAAUCGGACGGGGAUGCGUUUGGGCCUUCCAUAUUCAGCUCACCCUUCUCUGCGGUCCCAGCCGCGGCUAGAGGGAGGCUGCAGACAUACACUCAGGGGGUCCUACCUGCCUCCUUCUCCAGGCAGGGCGCCCAGAACUACAACCUGGAGGGCGGACAGAUAGCCAACUCUGCAGUAGAGCUGCAGAGGUCAAGACGGAGACUCGUCUCCCAGCGUUCCUCCCUGGAGACCCUGGAGGACAUUGCGGAGAACGCUCCUCUGCGCAGAUGCCGAACCCUAUCGGGUUCACCGCGACCAAAGAGCUUCAAGAUCCACUUCAUCAAGAACAUGAGGCAACACGAUAUGCGCAAUGGAAGGAUAGUCCUUAUCAGUGCCCGGAGAUCCUUCUAUAGUGUAUUUUCUGUGCUGCCUUAUCGAGAUUGUAGCCAAGCAGGGGAUGUGAAGCUGGAGGGCGGGCGACAGCGCCACCCGUCGGGGGGUGUGAGCGCCAAGGAGAUGGUGAUCGGGCUGGAGGGGGUGGAGCUAGGGGCCGACGGGAAGACGGUGUCGUACACGCAGUUCAUGUACCCCACCAACGUCCUGGGCGGCCGCAGGAACACCAUCGACUCCACCUCGUCCUUCUCCCAGUCCCGCAACGCCAGCCACCGCAGCCUGAGCCUGGCCCGCCUCAACAGCACCCAGAGCAGCCUGGACACGGGCAACGAUGUGGGGGACCUCCGAGAGUACGACCCCAACCUGCUGGACGACCCCCAGUGGCCCUGUGGGAAGCACAAGCGAGUCCUCAUCUUCCCCUCCUACAUGACCACAGUGAUCGAGUACGUGAAACCCUCGGACCUCAAGAAGGACAUGAACGAGACCUUCAAGGAGAAGUUCCCCCACAUCCGGCUGACGCUCAGCAAGAUCCGGAGUCUGAAAAGGGAGAUCAGGAAGCUGGCGCAGGACGAGUGUGGCUACGGCGAGCCCACGGUGGCCAUGGCGUUCGUCUACUUUGAGAAGCUGGUGCUGCAGGGGAAGCUCAACAAGCAGAACCGCAAGCUGUGCGCCGGCGCCUGCCUCCUGCUGGCCGCCAAGAUCGGCGGCGACCUCAAGAAGCACGAGGUCAAGCACCUGAUCGACAAACUGGAAGAGAAGUUCAGAGUGAACCGCCGGGAGCUCAUAGCCUUUGAGUUCCCGGUGCUGGUGGCCCUGGAGUUCAACCUGCAUCUGCCCGAGCACGAGGUCAUGCCCCACUUCAGACGCCUCGUCCAGACGUCCUAACGCCGCGCCCCGUGGGGACGGGGGCCGGCCGGCUGGGCUCUCCUCCUCCUGAUGUCCAAUCAUCUCACGUCAUCUCAGAUCACCUCCAAUCAUUCACGCCACGCUGGCCUUUACUCUCAGAGACCUGAAAUCUGCCAAAGUGACUCACUCUUAAAUAGUUUUCAGGGCCGUCCUUCGACAUUUAUUCUCUGUGUUUCUGCACAAGUCGUGCACGUUCCUCGAAGUUUGAAGGCUCCGACCGGUAAUUUCUUUUUUCUUCAUUGUGAUUUUUUUUUUCUAGUUAGUGGUUUUUGGAUCGCAUCUCUCACAUUUUUCAGCCACCAAGAGCUCUCUUGGUGAUGUUUUGGCAAAGGGUUGUCAAAGGAAAAACUUUCCGAUGUCAAAUUUCUUCAUACUUUUUCACUCGUGUCCUGUUCAUGAAUGUCAUGAUCAUUGCCUUUUGACAAGCAUGACUUUAUGAACGCUGCAGCCUCUUUAGCUAUUGGUUUUGGCUGGAUUUGUACUCUUCUCUAUAGAACAUUCUCUAUAGAAAUGUGUCGCUCAAUUGCACCCCCCUCCCCAAUCACUACAAGUGCACUCCUGGAAAAUUAUGGGGAACGGGAAGAGGGGAUCAGUUUUUUCAUCCUCUUAUUUUUGGAACAAAUCUGGAAAAAAUGAGUCAUGUGACCAUACUUUAUAUGAUUUCUUAUUUUCUAUCGCUCCCCCUUCUUUUAUUUUUUUUUACCGACCACUAUCUGCAUGGGAUCUGACAUUUUGAAAGUACUUGUGUAAAGUACAAACUUGAUGGGACGACUGUUGUAUCUUUUACAACAUACAAAGUAUUGGAUUGUUUUUUAAUUGUAAAAUAUUUUGCUUUGGAACUAUACUAACCAGAAACUUGUACUUUAAGCGUGCUAUUUCCCCAUGCUCUAUGUUAGAGUGUAUUCCCAGCACUGGAACAGUGCUUCGUUGGGGGUCAGGAGAGAAAAGUACGAACGACUAAAGUGUAUUAACCAAUGGUCACUAAUUGGUUUUGGGUGGGACGACUGUGGAUUGGUGCCGCAGAGCAAGGCACUACAAACAUGUCUCCGCUGUACAGGGGCGUGAUUCACUAGAAGGACAUCCACUCUGGCCCCACCUGUAGCAGGGGUGAAAGGGAACGAAGGCAUUUCCCCACAUCGUAUGAAUAUAGCGUCAUACUUUGGAACAUAACUUGAAUUUGUUAUUUCAAACAUAAAGCUCGGGUAGGCCACCUUUUUUCAAACCAGCCAGAGUCGAUUCGAUUUCUAAAGUAUCCAACCAAAAUCAUCCAAAUCCCUCCUUUCAGGCCUCAAGCCAAAGCCAGAACACAUGAAGGUGUACUACCUACGAUGACCAGCGGUCAGGCCUCUGACGGCCACACUUUUUCCAUUUCUAUGUCAGAAAAUUGAAAAAUAAUGAAAGAAAAAACAAGAAAUGCUUCUAAAAUACAUGGCCUACCCUAGCAUUAAAGGUCCCCUUGUUUACCACUAGGUGUGAUGUUGAUUGGCUGAUUAGUACGUCCACCCUUUUGUGACAUCACUGGUUGGAGGGUCCACCAAGACGUAUGGAGAGAUCCACCUACCGGCCUGCCUGGUGGACUGAACCAAUUGGUAGGCUGGUCUAUCCAUCAUACAACUGGGUGGCCCCGCCCAUGUGUGAUGUCACUAGAGGAGAUGGAAGAAAUUGCUUCUAACAGAUAAUCCAUGCCAUACCUGGUUGUAAACUAUGGGUCAUUUAAAGGCGCAGUGUGUUGAAUUAAGUGGGAUCUUACAGGAUGGCCUUGGCAGAAAUGGAAUAUAAUGUUCAUAACUAUGUCUUAAUUAGUGUUUGAUCUCUGAAAUUACAAACCAUUUUGUCCUGACCUUUAAAAUGAGCUCUUGAUGUCUACAUAGGGAGCGGGUACUGUUCCAAUUCCACGGGGCACCGCCAUGUUUCUAAAGUGGGACACAACGGACAAACAUUGGUAACGUUAAUCGCUAAAGCCGUACAACAAUGCGGACGGUUAACAAUAAUAAUCGUACUUUGACCUAGUUUCACGGAUCAAAUAACUAGGGAUGCAAUUUACAAUUCUAUCAAGGAAUCUUAUCACCUGACACUGCUACUGGAUGCUAUCGUAGAUUACACUCUAAUCAGUCUCGACUGGCCCCUUUAAGACCAGUAAUCCACGUCAGCCCCGCCCAUGUCGUUAUAAAGGGAGGGGUGGCGGGGGGGAUUCAGUUGCUUGUACUCUGCAACCUCACCGCUGGGUGCCACUAAAUCAUUCACACUGCACCUUUAAGAGAAGAAAAGAAAUGCAACGUGACCAAAAUUAAUAUGAUUGAUUGAUUUAAUUGUUGCCUUUUUCGGGGACUUUUUGUGGCAUGAUUGGUGGAAGACGGCAGCUUGAUUGAAAAUGCUAUUUGGUCUGAAUCAUGUAGCGUCUCAGAGAGAACCACUGAGUAUUACGAGGCCUCUAAUUCAGAAUAGAUGGCCUACUUGAAAUUGAAAAUGAUAAUGUGUUCAAUACUGUUGCAAAGGUAUUCAUGAUGGUUUAUUUAAACAUGAGCCAACGGGCUUCACUAAAUUCUGAUUCAAAUUCAAACCGAUUGCCAAGUUGAAGGUGAAUUACAGAUGGCAAACACAAAGAUAACACAAAUCACACACACACACUUAAAUUCUUCACUAGACGGCACAUGGACAACCACUCAUGAGCUCUUGUUUAUGUUUGUAAAUAAUCUGCAUUGCUUGUUCAAUUAAAACAAAGAGUCUUACGAAAUAUC